UGCUCGCCAGAAUGGAGGCCCACCUCAGGCAGCUCAGCCUGGGCAAGGGGCCCAAGGGGGCUGGGGACAGACAGGCCCUGGCUGAGCUGCAGGAGCUGGCCCUGAGCUGGUUCAUGGAGACGCAAGCCCCCCUCAUUCUGCAGAACGGAGCCCUGCCCCCCUGGUUUCACGGAUUCAUCACCCGCAAGCAGACAGAGCAGCUGCUCAGGGACAAAGCUCUUGGCUCCUUCCUCAUCCGCCUCAGUGACCGGGCCACCGGCUACAUCUUGUCCUACAGGGGCAGUGACCGCUGCCGGCAUUUUGUCAUCAAUCAGCUCCGAAACCGGCGCUACCUCAUCUCAGGGGACACCCAGAGCCACGGCACCCUGGCGGAACUCGUGCACCAUUACCAGGAGGUGCAGUUUGAGCCCUUCGGGGAGACCCUGUCUGCUGCCUGCCCCCGGAUGGAGGACAAUGAUCUCUAUGACGCCAUCACCCUGGGCCUCCAUCAAACUGAUCCUAGCCUGGAAUACCCACCAGAGAAGGCCAGCAGCCCCCCUGCCUCUCCAAAGCACCAGGUCUCCUUCCUCCACAAAAGGAGGAGCCUGGAUGCAAGUCCCUGGAAUCUCUCCGAGGAAGAAAGCAUGGAGGCCCCUGUCAAGGCGCCCCCGCUCCCGGAGAGGAGAGCUUCCCAUCUGAGCAACUCUUUUGGAGGCUCCAACAACAUCAUCUAUGCAGACCUGAGAAAGAUGAACCAGGCCCGGCUAGGCCUGGGCACGGAUGUAUCCGGCUGGCAGGGGCCAGUUCCAGGUGGCAGCCAGGCCUGUUCUCCAGGCAAGGAGGCCCCGAGGAGACUUUCAGAUGGAAGCCAGAACAAGCCUGAUGGCCCAGGACCUGCCCUGUCUGGGGUGAGCCCAGACCAGGGCCCUAGAGUGUCUCCCACUUCUUGGGGCCGCCUCCUGCCUUCCAGCUCUGAGGCCUCAGGAUCCUCAGGGGCUACCUGGAGCCAGGGGUCUUCAAAACUGAGCUGUGGGGCCCAGCCCUGCUCCCAGAGCAGUUGUGCAGACACCUACGAGUCCAUCUGGACAGAAGACCUCCCUGAGGAUGCCAGGGAUGUGCCACGCAGGGAAGGCGGCAGUGCCUAUGAGCAGAUUGCAGUCUGCUGGGGGGGCCCAGCCAGGACCCCCUACCCUGGGAUGAGCCCCACAUACAGCAAGCUUUCAGGGUUCAUGGACUGUGGUUAUGAGAGGAUCUCGGGGGUCCCAGAGCUCCCAGAGCCCAGACACACCUAUGAACAAAUCCCAGGAGCAAGCAGCCAGGAGCAAGGAGGCUGGACGGACACACAAAUCCAAGCAGCCAGGAGCAAGGAGGCUGGACAGACACACAAGCCUGACAAGCUCCGGAGGCUCUUCUUCACAGAUAAGAAGCACAAACCUUGAGGAGACCUGGCUUCCAGCGGCCCACCAGCGGGAUUCCUGGGCCCGGGGCCACACCAGAGGUUAUUAGGAAGCUCUCAGCUUGUUUGAAGGCACCCCUUGGACCCUCAAACCCAACCAGCCUGCUUUGGAACCAGGCUCCGAGACAGCCUAGAUGCCCACCAGCAACAGGGUGGGAGGGGACCUUCCAGUCUCCUGCUGCUCAGGACUGAGUCCCACUCCCCACCCCAGGGCCUCCCACCCAUCCAGAGGAAGUCACAGCCUGAGAGGAGGGGGGACCAGCCAAAGGCAGGGGUGAGCGCCCCCCGCUUCCAAGAUGAGCAGGCUGGGGGGCUCCUGGACGAUUGAUGGAGCUGGCCUCCCACCACUGAACACUUACUGAGCAUGGGACAGGCCCUGUGGCAUGGCUGGCAUCUUAGCUGAGUGAUGUCAUACAGUUGCUCCGGAGACCAAAACCAGUCCCCCUCAUUGUGGCCCUAUCAGAGAGCCGGGGUGGGAAGUAGCAGCAGAGUGCCAUCUCAGAGGGGAGGUUCUGACCCUGGGGCAGCUGAGCUCUGCCCCAUCCCCUCUGCCCCUCUCCGCCCCCACCUUUAUGCGGGCCACAUAAUGCAAGGUGGGCAGACCCUGGUCCGACCCUUCUGCUGCAGAUGAGUGAGCCGGGUGGCGGGCAGGGAGGGACAGAGAACCAGAGAGGAGCAGCAACCUGCCUGAGGCUGCAGAGUCAGCAGCCUGGGCGCCACUGGGCGGUUUCUGGAGUCAGCCAGUGGGUGCUUGCUGGCCUCCCUAUAUAACCAGGUCACCCUCAUCUGUGCUCUGCCUCCAGCCAGUGGUGGUCUUUAGGGGUGGCUCUCAGACCCCUCCUAACGCAGGCCCAAACCUGGCCAGCUGCCCGGGCUCAGCCUGAGUACUGCUGGGUGGUUCCUGGAGCCAGCCAGUGGGCGCCUGCCGGCCAUCCCUAUGUGACUGGUCACCAUGGACCCGGCCCCGUGACUGAUACAGACGUUCGCUGGAAUGGCUCUCACUAUGAGGGACGUGGAGAUGAUUUUUCACCCAACAUCGGCUCUUCAUGGAGCUCCCUAGGAUCUGGGGCCCAGAUAUGUCUCCUCCCAAGGACACAAGCACUGAAAUAAAGUUGGUGCCGAAGGUG